AGAAGAACGCAGCUGGUGGGCACAGCGACCAGGAUCUCAGGGAUAUCGCUAGUCAGAUCAUGAUGUUGGAUGUCUCGGUGUCCCAGGUCUCCAGCCUCCACCCUGUUUUGGCCUCCAGAGCUUUGCACAGACAGCGGCAGGUGAAGGAGAUUUGGUCUCAGCUUCAGCAGACAGUCCGGACAGGAAAGUCCCCGAAAGGCACUACAUUCACCAGAGAACCGGGUAAUUCGGUGACCCCCGACAUACGGGAGCAGAGCAGCGUGAGAAAGCAGCAGCAAAGCAUCCUGGGAAGCCAGACUAUUGUGUCUCAGAAGGAGCCAAACACCGGGGACUGCGAUGGACAGAUCCCGCUACGCCCAACGCCACAGACUGGACCCAGCAGCAUAUGUGGGGAAUUACUGCAGUGCAGAGAAGAGAGCGACAACAUCAAGAGUAGUUGUCAGAGACAUUCUCCACCUCCAGAUACUGAGGAAGACAGUCUUCUCAGC